AUGAGGUGCAGCGUUCUUCAUUGUAUCAAUGACACCAAGACGACGACCAAAUGUCACGGAAUUACAUUUCACUUGUUCCCAAAAGAACCAAAUCUUCGUACAAUGUGGGUUAAAGCCUUGGGAAUGACAGACUGGGAGCCAAAAGACAGGAGUACAAUCUGUUCAGAGCACUUUCGUGACGAGGACUUCUAUGAGACCAAGACUGGCUUGCGGAAGAUUAAGAGUGGUGCUGUUCCAAUGGUGGCAAAGGAUUGCACAGAUGAGCUUGAUGAGCCUGCUGCUUUCAGGGUCUGUCGGAUAUGCCUCGCCAUAGACGUUAAGAUGUACGACUUGGGAGAUUACGACCUCGAUGACAUGUAUGAACAGAUCACAGGAAUAUUGGUAAUAGGAGAAGAGCGACUGCCACAGCGUGUGUGCUAUGAGUGCGCGGCUCGGCUCUCCUCCGCCAUCCGUUUCAAGAACAGAGCUACCAGGAGCCUGGAACUGUUGCAAGAAAUGCUGCUGCGGGAUAAUUAUGUGAUAACCAUCCGUGAUAUAAUGACACUGAGCUACUCCCAUAAUAGCUUCAAGUCACCAUUAAUUCAGAAGGUGUUCGAGAACAGCGACUAUGACCUGCACAUCCGGGAUAUCUUCGUGAAAGACGAGGACGUUGAGCACAGUGAAGGCCUGGAGGACGAGGCGAAGGAUUUCGAAGAAGGCUCCGAGGUUGAGGUCAAAAAUGAAGAUAGCACUGAGGAGAUAUUUAUCGAGAAGCUGGAACCUUCUGACGAGGAGAACGACAAGGAGCUGAGCGAAGAGGACGACGAGGAUAGCGAGGGGAAUGAGGAUGUAAAGAGAAAGCGAGAGAAUGAAUAUGACGAGGUCUUACAGAACAUCACAGAGAGGUACAAAAAGAACAACGUUAAACGGCUCGCUGCCGAUCUGGACCAGUCGCUGUUCACGGUGACGUCCCUCUCGUACGAGCAGCAGAUGGAGGAGGUGCGAGAGAGACAGCACAGCGCCGCCUACCUCAAGGCGCCCUACAAGUGCACCGUCUGCUACCGCGGCUACGAAGACAAGAACAGCUAUGAGGCCCACGUACUUCGACAUAGCGAGAAAUGUGGUUCGUACGAAUGCUUCGUGUGCAAGUCGCGUCUGAAGACCCAGCGCGCGCUGCGCCACCACCUCACGGCGCGCCACACCAAGCUGUACAGCUGCAACGGCUGCACCUUCCUCACCAAGAACAGGGGAGUAGCAAAAGAACAUGAGAAGUGGCACGCCGGCACCACGUACAGAUGUCCACAUUGUGACGAGGAGUUCGACAAGCGGUCCACCUACCUGGGUCACAUCCGCAUCAAGCACGUGUCGGACUGCGUGUGCGAGCUGUGCGGGUACACGUUCGUCAGCAAGAAGGGCAUCGACGUGCACAAACAGAAGAAACACGUACUCGAUGCAUCUAUGCCCCUGGAGGGUCCAUACUGCGACGUGUGUGAAGUCAAGUUUAUUUCAGAGGACGCCUUCGACAGACAUCUGAUGUUGUCAUCGAGACACAGCAGCGAUCAUGAUCCGAAUCGUAUCAGGAACUGCUUCCAGAGUAUGAACAGGAAACCCAAGGGUCGGAUGAAGAGUCGGAUAGAGCGGCGCCCCGUCAUCCACCGGCUCAGUCCACAGGACGUGGUACAACUCAACGAACCCAUCAACUGCGAACAGUGCGAGCUACUACUGCCGGAUCUCCGGUCGUACGCGCAACACUUCAGACGAGCCCAUCCGGACAAAAAUCGAACCAAGUUCCCUUCCAAGAGAACGCCCUGUAUGUGUGAGCUAUGUGGCAAGAUAUUCCGGAUGAUGUCGCUCCUAGAAGCCCACAUGUGGGUCCACACAGGCGAGAAGCGCUACAAGUGUGACUGCUGCAUGAAGAGCUUCACCCAGAAGGCGUACCUGGUGGACCACCUCAGGCUCCACAGCGCUAAGAAGCCCACGUACGAGUGUCCACUCUGUGGGAAACACUUCUCAAAUGUGAACAACCGCAAAAGACAUAUGUUUCUCCACACAGGUCUGAAGCCUUUCAAAUGUGAGACUUGCGGUAAGUGUUCGACCACACUGGGCGAGCACAAGAUUCACGUCGAACAUGUUCAUCAGAAAAAACCCUGGCCCAAGCGCACCAGACCCAGGCGGGGGAAAAAGCAGGCGGGCGACGACGAGUCGUAA